AUGACUCUCCUUAUGGGGCUCUGCUAUAGUGCACCACAGGAACAGGUCUCAGUUUUGGCUGAUGAACAGAGGGAAAAGGAGAGCAGGACACGGAUAGGAAAGCAGGAGCAUCCAGCAGUGAACGUGUCCAGACGGCUCCUUCGGAAACUUUUAACCCGGCACUCGGCGUCUCAGCUGCGGUCCAUUAUGCUGCGUGCGGUGGUGCUGCUGACUCUCAUCAGCUGGAGCGCGGCUCUGAAACCCGAGUGGAUGCCGGGGGAUUAUCCUGCCACUGAACAAGGGGCCGAGAGGUUUGUGAGCGACUACAACUCCACCGCUGAGGAGGUGCUUUACUUCAGCACAGAGGCCAGCUGGAACUACAACACCAACCUGACUGAUUACAAUUCACAACUGCAGAUAGCCGCAUCUUUGGAGGAGCAGGCUUUUACAGAGGCAUGGGGUCACAAAGCAAAGGCUACCUUCAGUGAAUCUCUAAUGGACACCUUCACCAAUCCUGACCUGAAGAAGAUCAUCAAAAAGAUCAAUGUCCUGGAAGCCGCCAAUCUCCCAACCACAGAGAGAGAGCGGUACAACACUAUUCUGAGCCAGAUGGACAGCAUCUACUCCACUGCAAAGGUGUGUCCCUCUCCAGAGGAAUGCUGGUCUUUGGAGCCUGAGCUCAAGGAAAUCAUGGCUACCUCAAGAAGCUAUAAGAGGCUACUGUAUGCCUGGGAAGGCUGGCACAAUUCCUCAGGCGUCCCUCUUAAAUCCCUUUACCCCGAGUUUGUGGAGCUCAGCAACAAUGCAUCUCGAAUGGACGGCUUUGAAGACACAGGCGAGUACUGGCGCUCCUGGUACGAGUCUUCAACCUUCAAGCAAGACCUAGAGAACCUGUUUAAACAGCUGGAACCUCUCUACCAAAACCUGCAUGCUUUUGUCCGCCGAAAGCUUUACGAGUACUAUGGUCCGAAAUAUAUCAACCUUAAAGGUCCCAUCCCUGCCCAUCUAUUGGGCAACAUGUGGUCACAAACAUGGAACAACAUCUACAACAUGAUGAUCCCUUUCCCUAACAAACCCAAUGUGGAUGUGACCAACACCAUGAUUGCUAAAGGUUAUAAUGCCACGCACAUGUUCCGGGUGGCAGAGGAGUUUUUCACUUCUCUGGGUUUGCUGGAAAUGCCUCCUGAGUUUUGGGACAAGGCCAUGCUGGAGAAACCCACUGAUGGAAGGGAGGUGGUGUGCCAUGCUUCCGCCUGGGACUUUUACAACCGUAAAGACUUCAGAAUCAAGCAGUGCACGACUGUGACCAUGGAACAGUUGUUCACGGUGCAUCAUGAGAUGGGGCAUGUGGAGUAUUACCUUCAGUACAAAGAUCAGCCGGUGAGCUUCAGACGAGGAGCCAAUCCAGGCUUCCAUGAGGCCGUCGGGGAUGUGCUUUCUCUUUCUGUGUCCACUCCAAAACAUCUCCACAGCAUUGACCUCCUGGACCAACUGACCGAUGACGCUGAGAGUGACAUCAAUUACCUGUUGAAGAUGGCUUUGGAAAAGAUCGCCUUCCUUCCUUUUGGGUACCUUAUCGACCAGUGGCGCUGGGGUGUGUUCAGUGGAGAGACACCGCCUGACCGCUAUAAUGCAGAAUGGUGGUACCUCAGAACAAAAUACCAAGGCAUCUGUCCACCAACCAGACGUACAGAAGAUCAUUUUGAUGCUGGAGGAAAAUAUCACAUUCCUGGAAACACACCAUACAUAAGAUACUUUGUGAGCUUCAUUCUGCAGUUCCAGUUUCAUGAGAAAUUAUGCAAAGAGGCUGGACAAACUGGACCUCUGCACAAAUGUGACAUCUACAAAUCACGUGAAGCUGGAGCUGUUCUUGAGAAAGUCUUGAAGUCUGGCUCUUCAGAAACUUGGACUAAGGUGCUACAAGAUGCGCUGGGCACUGACAAAAUGGACGCCGGCCCCCUGAUGAGCUAUUUUCAGCCAGUUACCACCUGGCUGAGGGAACAGAAUGAGAAAACUGGAGAGACGCUUGGCUGGCCUGAUUUUAACUGGGUGCCACCAGUACCAGAGGGCUACCCUGAAGAUAUUGGUAAAAUAACAGACGAGAUGCAGGCCAAGCAGUUUUUAGAUGAAUACAACAGCACCGCCGAGGAGGUCUGGAACGCUUACACCGAGUCCUCCUGGACCUACAACACUGACAUCACCGAAGCCCACAAAGAGAACAUGCUGCAAAAAAACUUGGAGAUGGCCAAUCACACCAAGAUCUACGGACUAGAGGCCCGUAAAUAUGACACCAGUGACUUUCAGGAUGAGUCUGUGAAGAGGAUCCUGACCAAACUGAGUGACCUCGAGAGGGCUGCGCUUUCUGCAGAAGAUCUCGUGGAGUACAAUAAUUUACUAGCAUCCAUGGAGACCCUGUACAGUGUGGCGACAGUCUGCAAGGACGAAUCAAACUGUCUGCCUCUGGAUCCAGAUCUGAAUAAGAUCAUGGCUGAGUCGCGGGAUUACGACGAGCUGCUGUUUGCCUGGCAGGGUUGGAGAAAUGCUUCAGGUAGAGAGAUCCGCAACAGCUACAAGAGAUAUGUGGAGCUCGCCAACUCCGCUGCUAAAAGCAAUGGUCACACGGAUAACGGGGCAUUCUGGCGCUCUCUGUAUGAGACUCCCACUUUUGAACAGGAUCUGGAGGCCUUGUGGAAAGAUCUAGAACCGCUCUACCUCAGCGUUCAUGCUUAUGUGCGCAGGGCACUGUACAAGAAAUAUGGACCAGAACGCAUCAACCUGAAAGGACCAAUUCCUGCUCAUUUGCUCGGAAACAUGUGGGCUCAGACAUGGUCUGGUAUCAUGGACCUCGUCAAUCCAUACCCCGAUGCCACACAAGUGGAUGCCACGCCGGCCAUGAUCGCACAAGGCUGGACCCCCAAGCGGAUGUUUGAGGAAUCGGACUGGUUUUUCACAUCUCUGGGUCUUCUGCCCAUGCCUCCUGAGUUCUGGAACAAGUCCAUGUUGGAAAAGCCAACAGAUGGCCGUGAAGUGGUGUGCCAUGCCUCUGCCUGGGAUUUUUAUAACCGCAAAGACUUCAGGAUCAAGCAGUGCACGGUGGUGACCAUGGAUGACCUCAUUACUGUGCACCAUGAGAUGGGCCACAUUCAGUACUUCCUGCAGUAUAAGGAUCAGCCCAUUUCUUUCCGCGACGGCGCCAACCCUGGUUUCCACGAGGCCAUCGGUGACGUACUGGCCCUGUCAGUAGCCACACCUAAACAUCUUCAGAGCAUCGGCCUGCUGGACAAGGUGGAGGACAAUGCAGAGAGCACCAUCAACUUCCUGAUGAGCAUUGCAUUGGAUAAGAUUGCCUUUUUGCCAUUUGGAUACCUGAUGGACCAGUGGAGGUGGAAAGUGUUUGAUGGAAGGAUCUCAAGCUCAGAAUACAACAAAGAGUGGUGGAACCUGAGAAUGAAAUACCAGGGGUUGUGUCCACCCGUCCCACGCACUGAGGAAGACUUCGACCCUGGCGCAAAGUUUCACAUCCCAGCUAAUGUGCCCUAUAUCAGGUACUUUGUGAGUUUUGUAAUCCAGUUCCAGUUCCACAAAGGCCUGUGUGAUGCUGCGGGUCACAAAGGGCCGCUCCACAGCUGUGACAUCUACCAGUCCAAAGAAGCAGGAAAACUCCUGAGUGAUGUGAUGAAGAUGGGCUUCAGUAAACCCUGGCCUGAAGCCAUGAAGAUCAUCACAGGCCAGCCCAAAAUGUCCGUCCAGCCUCUGAUGGAGUAUUUCAAACCGCUCAUCGAGUGGCUGGAGAAGGAGAACAAGAAGAACGGCGACAUCCUGGGAUGGCCAGAGUACGACUGGACGCCUUACAAACUCAGCACAGUGGUGGAGGAGUCGCCGAAAUCUGUGAAUUUUCUGGGGUUGAGUGUGGAUGCAGCGGGAGCCGCAGCGGGACAGUGGAUCCUGCUGGUCCUCAGCAUCGUCUUCCUGCUCGCCGUCGUCUUCUUAGCCUACAGAUACAGCAAGACUAAACGCCUAAAGAACAAAUCCAUGUCUCAGAUGGAGCUCAAGUAAAAUUCUCCAAUCCGCCAACAAAUUAUAUUCUUCUUACCAUGCAGUCAUUACCUUUUUGGAGAAACAAA